AUGAGGGAGGAGGUGACGCUUCACUGUUUCUUUGGUCUGGCUCUGCGACCUGACGGUGUGCCUGUGACUCCGCCGAUGCCUGCGGGGAGCUCGCUGGUGCUCUCACACUGCGCACUGACAACCACAACUACAGGGCCUGUCACGCUGUACGUGCAGAGCCACGAACAACCCCACCGCUUUGCCCUCUGCACCCUGUCACCAAAGCACGGCAUCUACUACGUCCCGCUGCAGCUUGUCUUCUCAAAGAAGGUCUCCUUUACUCUAGUGGCGGCAGGGGAUAAGCUCUCAGAGGGCGACCGGGCGCCGAGGGGCAAGCGAGACGGUAAGCAAAAGAAGGGCACCACCGCUCAGGCUGCACCUGCGCAGCCGGAGCCGGCACUGCACCUGACGGGUUACUUUGAGGUUGGGGCGGACGAGCUCGAUGGGGCGGCCAGCAGUGACGACGAGGUUGACUCCGGCAGUGCCGGGGGUGACUACGAUGUGGGUGACUCUGCUCGCAACCACGCGACGUCGGGGGGAGGGAGGCGGCCACAGGGCGGCAGGGACGCAUCGACCCCGGCGGACUCCAGCAGGAAAGGAGAUACCGCUGCAAACAAUAAUGCGGAGACGCGCAGGAGGAAGCGGAAGAGGUGA